ACUGGAAAGUAAAAGCGCACGGAUUUAAUCCAAAAGAAAGAUUUUUCCACACUGGAUCGAAAAUGGGACCAGCCACAAAACUUGCAUUCGGCGUUUUUCUCAUUUCUUGUUCAUCAGGUGCCAUCCUCGGCAGAUCAGAGACGCAAGAAUGUGUCCACUUCAGCUACAGCCCCAAUAUGGAAAAUCGGGUAAACCGCAGCGGCAUUGAGUCCUGUGUCGGGGAGAAGGACAAGAGACUCCACUGCUAUGCUACGUGGAGGAAUGUGUCGGGGAUGGUGGAGGUUGUGAAGCAGGGCUGCUGGCUUGAUGAUGUUAACUGCUAUGACAGCACUGAAUGUGUGGAGAAAAAAGAGGAUCCAGAGGUGUUUUUCUGCUGCUGUGAAGGCAACAUGUGCAAUGAGAAAUUCUUCUAUAAUCCAGACGUUCCACUGGUACACACAACAGCAACACCGGAGCCUGUUAACCCUCUGUUGUUCAGCACCCUUCUGUACUCUCUGGUACCCAUCAUGGGUAUUGCUGCCAUCAUCCUCUUCUCUUUCUGGAUGUAUCGCCAUCAUAAGCUGGCGUACCCACCUGUGCUGGUGCCCACGCAGCACGCCUUUCAUAUCAUGAUAGAGGACCCUGGGCCCAUGCCUCCCUCCCCAGUACUGGGUCAGAAGCCACUGCAGUUGCUUGAGAUUAAAGCCAGGGGGCGAUUUGGCUGUGUAUGGAAGGCCCAGCUACUUAACGACUAUGUGGCAGUCAAGAUUUUCCCCAUUCAGGACAAGCAGUCAUGGCAAAACGAAUUUGAGAUCUACAACCUGCCUGGCAUGAAGCAUGAGAACAUUCUCCAUUUCAUUGGAGCUGAAAAGAGGGGCACCAAUCUCGACAUAGAGCUGUGGCUUAUUACAUCUUACCAUGAGAAGGGCUCUCUCACAGAUUACUUAAAGGCCAAUGUAGUGUCAUGGAAUGAGCUGUGUCAGAUUGCCCAAACCAUGGCGCGGGGCAUUGCGUACCUCCACGCUGAUGUUCCAGGUGUUAGAGAAGGACACAAGCCUGCCAUUGCCCACAGGGACAUCAAGAGUAAGAACGUACUGUUGAAGGCUAAUCUGACCGCCUGCAUUGCUGACUUUGGCCUGGCCCUGAGGUUCGAGGCCGGGAAGUCAGCUGGAGACACACACGGACAAGUUGGAACAAGGCGUUACAUGGCUCCUGAAGUGCUGGAGGGAGCGAUAAACUUCCAACGAGAUGCCUUCCUUAGGAUAGACAUGUAUGCCGUGGGACUGGUGCUGUGGGAGCUGGCUUCCCGCUGUACAGCAGCUGAUGGCCCUGUGGAUGAGUACACGCUGCCAUUUGAGGAGGAGGUGGGCCAGCACCCCACCUUGGAGGAUAUGCAGGAGGUGGUGGUUCACAAAAAAUUGCGACCCACCCUCAGAGAGUGCUGGCAGAAGCAUCCAGGUUUGACCAUGCUGUGUGAAACCAUUGAGGAGUGCUGGGACCAUGAGGCAGAGGCUAGACUCUCUGCUGGCUGUGUGGAGGAGCGGGUGGUCCAAAUGCAACGGCAAACCAGCAUCACAGCGCCAGAGGAGAUUGUCACUGUCGUCACCAUGGUGACGAACGUGGACUACCCACCUAAGGAGUCUAGCCUAUGACUGGUGUGGAAGACAUGAAACACAAGGACAGGACAAAGUAGAAACAAACCCUCAAACAGAGGACCUUUGCUCCGAGCAGCUAGCUCAUUUUGACAAAUCCUGGCGAUUGUGAUGUACAUACUACAAAAGGUGAAUUGUCAGCAAUGGAUUUGCACCAAAUCUGGGCCUAUAACUGGUUUUUGCUAUUUUGGCGCAAACCUCCAGACGCGUCUAAAAUCUCUCACCUUGGGGCACAUUUUGGAAAAAACAAAUCUGACACAAGGACCUUCAGGGUGGGAGGAACUUUCAUACUCACCUGUUAAUGAAUGGGCAAAAUUAGUAUGCUAGUUAAACUUUUAGUUGGUGUUUCUCUUUCUUUCAAGAUGAGGAG